GCAAAAUGCCAAAAAUGCUUCUCCUCCAAUCGCAAUCGCCCUUUCGACUGCCUUUCUGAUCAUCGCUCCGCAGCAAUUGCCCAGCUGAGUGCUGAGCCCGGCAGCCGGGAGAUGGGGUCUUCCGGCGACUCUCGCCUUGACUUUGGUAAAAUGGAGUACGGAUGUAAGCACUACAAGAGGAGGUGCAAAAUCCGAGCGCCAUGCUGCAACGAGAUCUUCCAUUGUCGUCACUGCCACAACGAGUCCACGGUUCAGAGUAACCGUCAUGAACUCUGCCGCCACGAUGUCAAGAGGGUGAUUUGUUUGAUUUGUGAUAGCGAGCAGCCGGUGGCUAAAGUGUGCGCCAACUGUGGCGUGAAUAUGGGGGAGUAUUUUUGCGAGGUGUGCAAAUUUUACGAUGAUGACACUAAGAAGGGGCAGUAUCAUUGCGACGAGUGUGGUAUAUGCAGAGUUGGGGGCAGGGAGAAUUUCUUUCACUGCAAAAAGUGUGGAUCCUGCUAUUCAAUUGAAUUGCUUGAUAAACAUUUGUGUAUAGAGAACUCCAUGAGGCACCAUUGCCCCAUCUGCUAUGAGUAUCUUUUUGACUCGCUCCAAGAAACCAGUGUUUUGAACUGUGGACACACAAUACAUAAAGAAUGUUUCCAAGAAAUGAUAAAUCAUUCACAAUACGCUUGUCCAAUAUGCUCUAAGUCAGUAUGUGACAUGUCUAGUCAUUGGCGGAAAUUGGAUGAAGAGAUUGAAGCAACAGUGAUGCCAUCAGAUUACCGGUACAAGGUUUGGAUCCUUUGCAAUGAUUGCAACGGUAUGAGCGAAGUUUUCUUCCACAUUAUAGGCCAUAAAUGCAGCGGCUGCCAAUCUUACAACACCAGAACAGUUGCGCCACCUCCGGCAGUUCUGCAAUAGCAUAUGCUCAUGCCAUUGUAAGAUCUUUCAUAUUCUAUUUGAACGCCUAGCAUUCUUACCUAUGUGUGACUUUUUAUUGUUUGAGUGAUAAAAGGUGAAAUUAUUGAAUUGGUUAUAACAACAAUGUGCAUAUUCCUGCAUGAUUUUAGGGGCUGGAUUUGGAUCCUUUACAAUUGCCUUUGGUAUUUUUGGAUGGUUGAUUUUCUAAUUAGAGUGACUUUAAGAAGGAAUA